ACACACUCAUCUACUGCAGCACAAGCUGGUCAGGAUGGGCGAGCAAAGACACCCCGUCAAAAUACAGCUUGUUGGAGUGAUGCAGAAAGAAGUAGUUAAAUUCUACAUGAUCACUGUACUCUGGUCAGAUCACAAUGAGAUUACUGUGUACAGAUCGCUUGAAGACUUCAAAACGCUCCACAGACACCUCAAGAAGAAAUUCCCUCCUUCAAACCCCUUUAGAAGAUCAGGAAGGAUUAUUCCCAAAUUUAAAGCUGCAAGAGUGCAGAAGAGCAUGCAGAAGUGGAGCCCCAGUAAGUCAGUGCUCAGACUGAAGGUUCUGGAAGAAUACUGCAGUGAACUGCUGAAGAGUGAUCCCCGUAUCUGCCAGAGCUCAGAGCUCCUCCAGUUCCUGCUUCCCAAACCCCAGGACCUCGAUUCGGACUUUGCAAAAAACAGUAUCGUGAUCAUGCCAUCAGAGACCUCUCUGGGCAGCAGUAAUGUCGGGAUGAACAAUGUUACUCAACCCUUUGUUGCUGAAACAUACCGAUGCAUAGCUACUUACGAGACCAAGGACACCAAGAAUCAACCCUUCAAGGUUGAGGUGGAUGAGAUAGUGGAUGUGCUCAUUAGGGACCGAAAAGGAUGGUGGCUGGUGGAAAAUGAAGCCAAAUGUCUCGCUUGGUUUCCUGCUCCGUAUCUACAGAGAGCUGAGAUGGGUGAUGAUGGUCCUGAUGUGAUGGAUGGCGGCAGUGUUUUCUAUGUUGCUGCCAAAAGUUACAAAGCCAUGAACAGUGAUGAACUCUCAGUCGAGAUCGGGUCUGUGGUAGAGGUGCUACAGAAGUCUGACAACGGCUGGUGGAUAGUGAGGUACAAUCGAAAGGCAGGAUUUGUACCAGCUAUGUACCUGCAACCGUACAGUAACCCACGGAUUCACCUGAUGCCCGCUAAGAGGGAGAUGACCAGCUCCACUCUUGACUUGGCACAGCUUCAACGUCCUGGAGAAGAUUUCCUGCAGGUCUCCGGCCGUGAGCUUAGCAGAUCCCAGGACAACCUGGGACCUUCAGGAAGCACCUUGGACCCUAAAGACAAGCAGAUGUCACGUUCAAUGAGUGGGUUGCGGUCAAUCCGAGUGGAGUUUGCCAAGAACGGUCCGCAAAGCAGUCUGAGCGACGACAGCGAAGCGUUCAGCGACCAAAGCAGCGAUUCGCUAAAUUGCUUGGAUUCGGAAGAGCAUUUACGCCAGAGUCGCACCCCUACGCCAGACUCUUCAGGCAGCCUGAGCCCUGAAAGUGCCGGAGAAUGCAAGAUGAUCGGCAGCAGAUCAGACCCCAGUCUCAACAAGAUGCCCUCCACCCCCAAGAUACCACCCAGACCCCAAGCUCAGGAGAUACUCAAACGCUGCACCACCGUCACACGCAAAAACCUGCAGAGAACCAAUUAGGCCAAUGUCUCACGCACUUUAUGUUACAUUACAUGUUUGAGGAGAAAAUCCAAGAG